AUGGAGUUAUGGGCAUGUGGGUUUAAUGCUUGGAAUCAACUUCAAUUCGAUGGAGAUCUUCCUGAUGAACCUGAGGAUGCUUUUACCUUCAAACGGAUAUUGGAAGCAAAGGGAAGUAUCAAAAUCCUUGGAACUUCUGUUUCUGCUUGUUUAGCAGCAAUAUCAAACGACCCUUCGAGCCCCGCUGAGGAAAUCAAAGUUGCCGGUCAUCCAGACGGAUUCUUGCAGGCGCAACUCGAGCAGAUAACCUCAAAGAAUAGCACGCAAACCCAGCAACAAGGAACACACUCCAAAACACCAGAAGAGUAUCUAAGAAACGCAACAACAGCAGGAAACGACAAGAUAGCAGAGCUAAUCCAAUACCCUUCACUCCACAACUACCUCACACGCAACAAUCCAGAUUUCGUUCUCCCCCUCCCACACAUCACACAACUCGUAUCGAACAGCACGACGUUCAGCGCUCUCACCAGCAAAGGAAACGUCUACACCUGGGGCGACGAACGAUAUCCCAGCUGUCUAGGACGAGAAAUCAGCUUUUCGAAUUCUGCCUCCGUGCCCACGCAGCUUUCAUCCCUCUCCUCCCUCCCCACAGGCCCCAUUAAAAAACUCUCAUCUUCCGGCCCUCUAACCGCUGCUCUAACUACCGGACACGAUCUCUAUAUCUGGGGGCGCACUAAUAUCCCCUCUAUCAUUCCCGAACUCUCAUUCCCACCCCCUUCAUCUUCCUCACCUCAAUCUCCAUCAUCAUCACCAUCCCCCUCAAACGACUAUGAUCCCAUACCCCUCGAUAUCCACGGAGCCGAUAUCCUCGAUUUCAGCAUCGGUGAAAAUCACAUGUUGGUGCUUACGACUGAGGGGGAAUUGUAUGUUAUUGGGGAGAAUGGGAAUGGACAGCUUGGGCUUGGGGAAGGAGAGAAGGGGAGAUGUGAGGAGUGGAGAUUGGUGGAUUUGUGUUUUGGGAAGGGAAGUAGGAAGAGGUGUGUUGGGGUGCGGGCGGGGUAUAAGUGUAGUUUUGUUUUUGUGGAGGAUGCUGGUAUUUCGUCAUAA